CCUUGAUGAGGAGGGAAACGUGGAGGAGGAGAGAUGAACGAGGAGGACAUAUGAACGAGGAGUGGAGGAGUGGAGGAGGAGGAGUGCAGGAGGAGGAGGAGGAGGAGGAGGAGGAGGGGGAGGAAGAUGUGGAGAUGGAGAAAGAUGUGGAGGAGGAGGAAGAUGUGGAGGAGGAGGAGGAGGAGGAGGACAAGGUCAGGAGGAGAAGGGAUGGCGGAGGGGGAGGAGGAGGAGGAGGACAACGACGCGAUGAGGAGGAGAUACCAUGCCAGUUUGGGACUUCAAAGACAGAUGAACGAGGAGUGGAGGAGGAGGAGGAGGAGGAUGUGGAGGAGGAGAAAGAUGUGGAGGAGGAGGAGGAGGAGGAGGAAGAGGAGGAAGAUGUGGAGGAGGAGGAAGAUGUGGAGGAGGAGGAGGAGGAGGAGGAGGAGGAGGAGGUGAGUUCGAGGGAAGGCAGGAGGCCUGGUGAACACUCACCUUGGAGGGCGGUUGCAGGCGAUGGUCGCUCCAGAGCUCGGCCUCAACAACAGUCGAACUUCCAAGCGCAAGGGGAGCUGAGCACUGCUCGUGGCGGGUGAGGCGAAUGAAUGGCACUUCGUAAC